UCCCGUCGUCAGCGUCCUGCUGACGUCUCUGAACAGGAAGUGCUUGCUCUGGCUGUUCCUUUCGGCCGAGUUAAUAAGCUGAUCACACUGAAGACCAAAAACCAGGCAUUUUUAGAGAUGGCAUCGGAGGAAGCAGCUGUUACCAUGGUGAACUACUACACCACGGCCACUCCUACUGUCAGGAACCAACCAAUCUUUAUUCAGUACUCCACCCACCGCGAGCUCAAGACUGACAAUCUGACCAAUCAGAGGGAUCAAGUGGCACUGCAGACCAUUAGUGCGGCAGCAGUGCAUUCUGGGAACAUGGUGUCAAGUGGGGAGGGGCGGAGCUUAGCACCUGGUCAGAGUCCCGUCCUGAGAAUCAUUGUGGAGAAUUUAUUUUACCCAGUGACGCUGGAGGUCUUGCAGCAGAUCUUCAGUAAGUUUGGCUCGGUGUUGAAGAUCAUCACAUUCACCAGGAACAAUCAGUUUCAGGCUCUGCUGCAGUUCAGUGAUGCUGUGCACGCUCAACACGCCAAGGCUUCCCUGGACGGUCAGAACAUCUAUAAUGGCUGCUGCACGCUGAGGAUCGACUUUUCCAAACUUAGUGUUCUCAAUGUGAAAUACAACAACGACAAGAGCCGAGACUUCACCAGAGCUGAUCUCCCGACCGGAGAGAUGGAGCACACCACUUUCGGUGUUGCUCUACCUCCAUAUGGAGCUGCAGCGUUCCCACCCACUUUCCACCAACACACAGGUCUGGCGAUCGCGGCUGUCCCCGGCUCGUUGAUGUCUUCUCCUCGUGUCUCACUACAGGUCGCGCCACCUGCGGUUCACUCUGUGCUGUUGGUGUCCAACCUGAAUGCAGAGAGCGUUUCGCCUCAGUGUCUGUUCAUCCUGUUUGGUGUUUAUGGGGACGUUCAAAGGGUGAAAAUCCUCUUCAACAAAAAGGAAAAUGCCCUUGUUCAGAUGAGUGAUGCCACGCAAGCUCAACUUGCGAUGAGCCACCUGAACGGUCAGCGUCUCCACGGUAACGUAAUUCGGGUGACGUUGUCCAAACACCCUGUGGUGCAGCUGCCUCGGGGGGGGCCAGGGCAAGAAGAACAGGUGCUGACUCGGGACUUCUCAGGCUCCGCCCUCCACCGAUUCAAAAAACCAGGAUCCAAAAAUUUUAACAACAUCUUCCCUCCGUCGGCCACGCUGCACCUCUCCAACAUCCCCUCCUCAGUCAGUGAGGAAGCGUUAAAGGACUUAUUCUCCUCCAGUGGAUUCACGGUCAAAGCCUUCAAGUUUUUCCAGAAGGACAGGAAGAUGGCGCUGAUGCAGCUGGCAUCAGUGGAAGAGGCAAUCGAGGCUCUGAUCACUCUGCAUGACCACCAGCUGGACCACAACCAGCACCUCCGCGUGUCCUUUUCCAAGUCCACCAUUUGACUGACUCUGAGCCUCCUCUGGUCCACCCUCUGAUCUCGGGGUCCACCCUCCCAGUCCACCCUCUGAUCUCUGAGGAGCCUUCCCAUAGACAUGUAAUGAGGGUCAAAUGCAGUCAGGCCUCAGACAGCAAUGUUACCUUGGGGCUCAUCUAGCUCUUAGCCUGCUAGCUUUGAGUUUCUGUACAGUGGCAAAACAACACUACAUCUGUUAAAUUUACAUUUAAUGACCUUGCAAGUCAAACUUUGGCUGACAUGAAGUGUCCAUGUUUCUUUGGUCUUCAGAUUCUGAUAUUUGGCACCCCGUCAGAUACAUGAGAGGUUUAUGAAAAGUUUCAGUGAUAAUUACAACUACAGUAUUGAUGUGAAAAAUAUUUGCAAGUUAAAAAUGUAAUUAAAGUAGCUCCAGCUGUAUCUUUUAGAUUGAUAGCUCAGAGCCUAUUUGGCUAUUAGCCUCCAAUUUAGCUACAACAGCUGUUACUUCAAGUUUAUCUUUUAGUGUGUUAGGAUCGAGAUUAAUCGGCCAA